AGCGGGUGCUGUGAGAGCGCGAGCGCGAGUGCCAUGGCCGGAGCCCCGCGCCGCUGACAAUAGGAGCCCGCGCCCGCCCCGGACCCGCCGCUGCCACCGCCGCCGCCGCCUCGCCCCCGCCGCGCGCAGCCUCCGCCGGGAAUGUGAGAGAGGCCGCGGGCCGCGCAGCCAGGCCGCCGCCGCCUCCCGCACCGGGCCCAGGCCUGCCGCCUCCACCCGCCGCCGCCGCCGCCGCCUCCCGCCCCGCCGCCGCGCCCGGCCCGGCCCGGCCCGCACCGCACCGCUCCCCCGCGCCGCCCCCUCCGCCUUCUCUGCCAGGAGGGCCAAGUAGGGAUAUGUCCUCAGCACCAACCACUCCUCCGUCAGUGGAUAAAGUAGACGGAUUUUCUCGGAAGUCCGUCAGAAAAGCCAGGCAGAAGAGGUCGCAAAGCUCCUCCCAGUUUAGGUCUCAGGGCAAGCCUAUUGAAUUAACGCCUCUGCCUCUGCUAAAAGACGUUCCAUCUUCAGAGCAGCCUGAACUGUUCCUAAAGAAACUUCAACAGUGCUGUGUCAUUUUUGACUUCAUGGACACACUAUCAGACCUUAAAAUGAAAGAAUACAAGCGCUCCACUCUUAAUGAACUGGUGGAUUACAUCACAAUAAGCAGAGGCUGUUUGACAGAGCAGACUUACCCUGAAGUAGUUAGAAUGGUAUCUUGCAAUAUAUUCAGAACUCUCCCACCUAGUGACAGCAACGAAUUUGACCCAGAAGAAGAUGAACCCACCCUUGAGGCAUCAUGGCCACAUUUACAGCUUGUAUAUGAGUUUUUCAUACGAUUUUUGGAAAGCCAAGAAUUCCAACCCAGCAUUGCCAAAAAGUACAUAGAUCAAAAAUUUGUAUUACAGCUUUUGGAACUGUUUGACAGUGAAGACCCCCGAGAGCGAGACUACCUGAAAACAGUCUUACACAGAAUUUAUGGCAAAUUUCUUGGUCUUAGAGCAUUUAUCCGAAAACAGAUAAACAAUAUUUUUCUACGGUUUGUUUAUGAAACUGAACAUUUCAAUGGUGUAGCUGAACUGCUGGAAAUUUUAGGAAGUAUUAUCAAUGGUUUUGCUUUACCUCUGAAGGCAGAGCACAAACAGUUUCUGGUGAAGGUGCUGAUUCCCUUACAUACUGUCAGGAGUUUAUCGCUCUUCCAUGCGCAGCUGGCAUAUUGCAUAGUACAGUUCUUGGAGAAAGAUCCUUCACUCACAGAACCAGUCAUUAGAGGCUUAAUGAAAUUCUGGCCAAAAACCUGCAGUCAGAAAGAGGUCAUGUUCCUCGGGGAGCUAGAAGAGAUCUUGGAUGUGAUUGAACCUUCACAGUUCGUCAAAAUUCAAGAGCCCUUGUUUAAACAAAUUGCCAAGUGUGUGUCCAGCCCUCACUUUCAGGUGGCAGAAAGAGCACUGUAUUAUUGGAAUAAUGAAUACAUCAUGAGUUUAAUAGAGGAGAACUCCAACGUUAUACUUCCUAUCAUGUUUUCCAGUCUUUAUAGGAUUUCCAAAGAACACUGGAAUCCGGCUAUUGUGGCUUUAGUCUACAAUGUGUUGAAGGCAUUUAUGGAAAUGAACAGCACCAUGUUUGAUGAGCUGACAGCCACUUACAAGUCAGAUCGUCAGCGCUUAUCCAAAGCGGCAGGUGAAAAAAAUGAGGAAACUUCGGGAACUCCGACUCGUUUAAGUCGUGCCUUUUGUGUGACUCAGGGUUCCCACAAGCAAAGCGAAGGGUACUGUAUGUCAUCAAACCUUGUUAGUGAGAAGAAGAAGGAAAAGGAACGUGAAGAACUUUGGAAAAAACUGGAGGAUUUGGAAUUAAAGCGAGGUCUUAGACGUGAUGGAAUUAUUCCAACUUAACAAAAGAAACAAAACAACAUUAUUAACCUGUGGAGUCACACAUUUAUGUAGUAGAAGAUGGAGCAACAGUUUUCUGUAUUGUGCAACUUUACAGUAGAUUUCACAUUUGUUUCAUUAUUACAACAGCACUGUAUAUACCUGUCUCUAAGUAAAGGAAUAAUAAGGACUUUAAUCCAAAGUUUGGACAGCAGAUGGACUUCUCAGAACUUUGCAAACAUAAUAAUUGUUUUAACCCUUCUUUAAAACCAGUCUUCAAAGAUCUGUUGAUGAAAAUUGCUAUGUCAGAAUUCCAUUGUCAGGACUUUGUUCUUUAUUUAUCAUUAGCAGAGAGUAUGAUACAACUUUCAGAUGUGAACAAUCUUAAAUUUAGCUUGUCUUUCUGCUAAACUGUUAAAUGUAUUUAUAGUAAAAGAGGAAAAAAAAAGACUGUCAUUUCCUUAUGAGUUUGUGUAACAUCCUCCUUCUCUGGAUAACUUUACUGUAAUUUUGACAUUUUUUUUUCCUUUUGCACAUCUUCAUGAGUUGAAUGUCCAUGCAGAUCAGGGCCAUGGAAAAUAUAGGUCCCUAAUAAAGUUUUGUUUACUGGUGCAAACAUUUUCUAGUACCAGUCAAGCACUGGUGCUCCUUUGAUUUGAACAUUGAGUAAACACAAAGAGGUGAUCAACAUAGGGGAAGGGGAUUUUGGAUUCAUGCAUCAAUUUAUUGCAAAUCUAAACUAGUCUCGAAUCCUUUGAAAAUGGGCACUGGUAACACGAACAGAGUUCAGUACCUAACCAGUAUUAGCGAUAUGCUAUUGGACACACAUACUAGAGCUGUUACUAAUAGGUAAAUUAUUACAAGAUCUACGUUUUUAUUGGACCAUUUUGAAAUAAUAAAGACAAACGCUAAACAGUACAAGCCUGAAAUUGGUCUCAAGUGGUCAUGGAUCUAAUUGGGAAAAGAGUUGAGCAAACAGUUUGGACUGUUUGGAGUUGUUGCCUUACUUUUUAAUAUGUAUUUAUAAAGUAUUCCAGCAAAAGAGGAUGUAGCCUCUGAAAAACAUACUCUAGUGAUUUUUUGUGACUCUAGUACUAUUACUCAUCGCAGCACCAGCCCUUUGGUUUUAGCUGGAAAGGAUUCUGGAUAAUAUACUUCCUGCAUUCUGAACUGGAUGCUCAUUCCUAACUACUGUAUUUGUUACCAAAAGUGGUUCUACAAAUGCUACUGAAAAAAAAAAAAAUUCUGGAAAUCCUAAUGUCCUGAGUAUUAAUAAUAAAGUUUAAAAUGCUUUUAUAUCAAAGGUGCAUUGUGACCAAAUUGUUUAAAACAAAACAACAAGAAAAAGAGGACUGUAUUAUAAGUAUACAUUAUUGGCUAUCUACUUUGUACUUAAAAGUGGAAUCUUACAUCUUUGGUAGGUAAAAUGCUGAUAAGACUUAUGUACAGUAUAUAUUUAGCUAAUGCAGUUGCAUUAUUAUAUACCGAAAGGUAUGUGUUUCAGGAUUUUUCUCCAGGAUGCUUUUGAACUGUUAUAGAUGUAUGACAACAGUGAGUUGAUAAUCCUAAACCAUCAGUCCAGCAGUAUUUACAGUAUAAAGCUGACUUGGUGUUCUUGAGUCUUUGUGAUAGUUGCAAACAUGAAUUUUAUGACCUGUUGCCAUUGAUAGAAAUACAAUAUAAAUACAAGCUUAUAUAUUUUUCUUCCUACCAUUUAAACAUACAGUAGAAUUUGAGGUCUUACUGUUUCCAAGUGCAAAAAAAAAGGGGGGGUGGGGAGGGGAGGAAAGAAAAAGGUUCAAUUGCCAGAUUACAGACUGUUUCAGGAUUAUCAGGUCACAGUUUGUAUACUUGGGUCUGCACAUAUGGAUGUUGUAAACUGAACAGCUUUGUAAAAUCUUGACGCUGUUAAUUCUGGAAAAAGCAGAAGUAAACUAGUCAUGAAGCACCAAACACAACAUGGUUUAAUGGGAUUAAUAUAAGCUUCUUUUAAAUAUGGACUGGGACUGUGUUAAUUUGGCAAAUACUGUCAUAGGUGAAACGUUUUAUUUUCAAAGUGCUGGAGCAAAGGUGCAAGCUUAAAUACUGAAGACUAAAUAAAUUUAUAACAAAUACUGUCCCUUUAGCCCUGUGGUUUUGACAGUCUUUUGUUUUUAAUUUGAAUUAGAGUUAAAGUUGAUAAUGUGAAUUUUACCUUUGAAGUUAACAUGCGUUCUGAGAGGGCAGAGAGACAUAUGCCUGGCUAGACUGAGAAAUUUUCAAAAACUGAGCUAUUAUGGAAGAAAGAAAUCUCAAUGAUUCCAUGUUUUCUACCUGAUGGGAGUGAAAUAGAACAAUGUGAAAUUAGAAAAGGUACCUUGUCCUGUACUUAGAGAUGAGGUGAGUGUUGACUGUUCAUGGAUAUUCUUAACUUCAGCGUGACCUCCUGGUAUUAAUCAUACAAAACUAACGAGAACCUAGCUGGUUGCAAUAUUGUGUUACCUCUAAUGUGGGGAGAAUGGGGAAUAUCUAAACUUUAUAGAUGAUAUAUCACUUCCAAGAAGGAAUAUUUCUUUAAAUUGAAUGAGACAAUGUGAUAUUAGUCACAUGACUAAAAAGCUGAUAUAAUCUUAAAUUGCACUGUGUGAUGUACUUAAAGGAGCACUUGUCACAGUAGUACAACAGCACCCAUACGAUCCACUGUUGGCUGCAACCCAGAUGCAAUAUUCUGCCCUGUUCCAUGUGCAAGACUCCCAUGAGCAACAGUUGGAGUUUUAUGCAAAGAUGAAGGCAGUAUAUGGGCCCAAGUUGAUUGUGAUCCGUGCAUCUCUUUAAUUAAGCUUUUAUUUGCUUCAUGAUUUCCAGAAACUACCUUUUUUGUUGUUGAAUGUCUUUCACAGACUGCUAGCACUGUAGUUGAUGGGUGGUCGCUCAUCUCCUGUGCCAUAUUGGUUUCAGGUGACUAAAUGUUAUCAGGUAAAAGUUUUUAAAAAACAAAAAAACCAACAAAAAACUCCCCCCAUUCCCCUACAUGUUUGUUACUAGGGCAUUGCUUCAGGCCAUGGGGGUACAAUGGUUGUAAAGUAAAGUUCCUCUUAGGUACUUUUAAUUGAGCACGUGUUGCUUUCUUCAUCUUGCAAGUUUCCCUUAUGGUUUUCUUUUCAUUGCUUUUGAGUGUUUUUGUGUCUCUUCCAAAUAUUUGAAUGCUUUAAAAAAAAUACUCUAAUGCUAUUGGAGUAUUCACAGGCAGGGUUAUAGUAAAUUAAUCUUGGCUUUGUUAACAUAAAUAGAAGGAUUUAAUUUAUUUUUAUCUCCUUCUAUAUAUGGAAAAUUCUAGGAUGUAUAGCCAAGAAAAUUGCUUGAGAGUUGCAGCAGCUGUACUUGUAUAGUACAUGUAUAAGUAUUGCCUCAGGCUCUCUUACACUAUGGAAAAAGAAAAUAUAUUAGAAGCUUUAAAAGCUUUUUUUUUAUUAUUGUUUUGUGGAAAAGGAGACGGGGAAAACUAGAUAGAUUCUCCCUUCCAAAAAUAUAUCCUGUUGUUAAUUGGGUGUGUAGAACUGGCUAAGAAUUUUUUUUUUUCAAAUGCUGCAUCACAAAGUAACAGUCCUCUAACAAAAUAAAGGUGACAACAUACAUGAUCAACGAAUGUUUUUAUUUGCACGUGAAUAUUUUAUUUUUGUAUUUUGGCUCACCUGCUUCCCAGAUCAGAUAUGGAAUGAGUCACAAAUUAGGUUUUCUAGGUGGUGUUGGCAGUGAGUUUUAUAUUCCCCAAUAUUGCAUUUUCAAAGCCUGUAAAAGGAUUGUGUAUUUUGAGCAAAACAACUCAUUUUUUAAUUUAAAAGAAGGUUUUAUGCAGCGUUGCUUCCUGUCAACAGAAGCUGCGGCAUUUGUUUAAGAGAAACAGACACUCUUUUUAUCAUGACCUCUCUGGAUUCAGGUUUUGUUGGGGUUGUUUUUGGAUCACUUAUUGUAAAUAAGAUGUAAUCAUAACCUCAUGUCUCCAUGAGGAUUUUUCAAAUAUAAAUAGUACCAAUACAUUUCUUAUUGUUGUCCUAUUUUUGAUUGUAGUAUAAAGAAUGACUUGUCAUGCUUUUUGUUUAAAUUAGCAUUAGAUUCAUAGCUGUCUUGAUAUUUUAGCAUUUCAUUGUUUAAGCUGGAGAGGGCAGCAGACGUUCAUCCCCUCCCUCCCCCUCCCCAUAGGAAAGCUCUGGUCCAUUGCUGUUUUUAAACUUAGAAACUAUCUGUGGGUCAGGGGAAUAAAAUGAAACAUUUUUUUUUAUAUAUGAAAAGUUGCAUAUGAAAAUAUAUAGACUGGUCUAACCAGACUGUGAAAAAGUCUUCUACUUUACAUCAAAGUAAUAAUACAAGGAAAACAGAAUCUUCCACCUUCGGGGUAAAGCAGGUCUUAAACACAUGGAUUCAAAAUGUUGUUCUUUGGAAAUGAGUUACUUUCUUAAAAAUGGUAUCAACAAAACAAACUCAAUGGUGCUCCCAGUUAUAAAUGUGUAACCUUCCUCUGGCACGUGUGCAAGAGGCUUCUGUACUGUGGGUGCAUCUCAAUAAAGAAGCAAUGAAGUGUU